GUCUUUCUGUUUAACAUCAGUAACUAGUUUUUUGCCAUAAUCCGGAAAACUUUGUUUAAAAUUAUCCUUAUCGUUUUAACAAUGGUCUCAACUUGCAACCAAUAAUGUAUUUUGCGCUUUAAAAUCUCAGAUCUGACCUGUGUAGUAAACCUUCUAUAAACCCGUUGCACGUUAACUCUAACAAAAUGGAUGCUGAAGAAUGCAAAUCCAGCAAAGCAGAAGCAAAUAUGGAAACAGAAGAAAGUUUAAAAGAUGGUUCAACGUUACCGACAGCUAUGAUAGUGUUGGGCAUGGCUGGCUCAGGGAAGACCACACUUGUACAGCGCGUUACAGCUCAUCUGCAUGCAAGUGAAAAGUCACCGUAUGUUAUCAACCUUGACCCCGCUGUUCAUGAAGUUCCAUUCCCUGUUAACAUUGAUAUACAGGACACUGUUAACUAUAAAGAAGUAAUGAAACAAUAUGGUUUGGGACCCAACGGUGGAAUCAUGACGGCUCUAAAUUUGUUUACAACAAAAUUUGAUCAAGUGUUAUCUUUGCUUCAAAAACGCGCUCCUGAGUUAGAAAACAUUGUGAUUGACACUCCAGGGCAAAUUGAAGUCUUUACCUGGUCUGCAUCAGGUGCUAUUAUAACAGAGUCGCUGGCUUCAAGCUUUCCCACAGUGGUUGUAUAUAUAGUGGACACAGCCCGAUGUACCAACCCUGUAACAUUCAUGUCCAAUAUGUUGUACGCGUGCAGUAUUCUCUACAAAACAAAACUUCCUUUCUUUGUUGUAAUGAACAAGACAGAUAUUGUUGAUCACAGUUUUGCUCUUCAAUGGACUUCAGAUUUCGAAGCUUUUGAAGAAGCAUUAAGUUCAGAAAAAAGCUACAUUUCCAAUCUCACACGUUCCAUGAGUUUGGUGCUGGACGAAUUUUACAACAAACUAAAACUAGUCGGCUUUUCUGCUCUUACUGGGGCGGGGAUGGAAGAUUUCUUGAAAGCAGUGGAAGAAGCCAGGGAAGAAUACAUUAAAGAAUAUAAACCAGCAUAUGAGAAAAUGAAGAAAGACAAACUAAAUGCUAAAACCAAGAAAACCCCAGUUGCAUCGGAUGUUUCAGACCUAAUGACUGGUUUAGUUGUGACGCAUGGUAGCAAUAUAUCAGACAGCAGUUCUGGGGACAGCGAGGAUGACACUGGUGAUGAAAACGAACGUGAGGAAGAAUCAUUGAAACGAUUUCUAAAAACCAAAGCAAAUGCUGCAGCUGCAAAACCAAACCCUUGACAUUGAGUGACAAGUUGCAACAAUGUAACAUCUAUAUAAGGCUGAAACUUCAAGGCAGGAGAAGGUUGGACGAUGACGGGCGUUGGUUGUGGAACAUCGCCUAAUUCGCGUGUUGUUUUACCAUUGCUGCACAUGUAUGCCUAUGUACGCUUUUACGAAACGUUUAAUCGUUGCCAACGUAACGUUUUGAUUAGCAGUGUACGGGUUGUUCAUUAAAAGCAUUUUUGUUCAAAAAGUUUUAGCCCUGCAAAGAAUGUCGUGUUGUUUCUUGAGAAUUAAAAGCGUAUUCUUCCCGGAAA